ACCAUCUCCUUGCCCUCUUCAUUCCAUUGCAUCAUGAGAAGAAAGUGGUGCACAGACCCUGGAGUGGGAAUUAUGGACCUUUGUCAACCCUGCAACCAAAGGGAGACGCUGGGACGAGGACUGUGGCCCAGGAAGGGUGAAGGGCUUGUGUUGUUUUGUUUGGAUUCUCACUUAUCCCAGAAGAGGGAGGACACUUGUUGGCAUGGUGACUGUGGAGAGCUACACGGAAUUUAUUACCCAACUGCUGAGGGGAAACUGAGGCAUGGCCAGAGUUAAACUGAGGAACAGGCUCACCGGAUGCCAGGCCAGAUUCUAGGUCAGCUGGGAGAGGAGCCAAAGCCAGGGACACUGCACUGACUGGAACUGAGUCUGCCAUGGCUGUGUAGAGCCAUUUCUUGCAACUGGCUCCAAGCUGAUCAGAGUCCAGCAUCCACCGCUGCCUCCCUGAGAAGAGAGAUGGGGAACUGGGCGGAAGCAGAUCCCCCUGGACAGCCUCUUAACAGCUCCAUAGACUUGAAGAGUGGAGAAGAACCAGGUCAUCCAGCUAAUUCCAGCUCCAGGAAACCUGCAGUAUGGGAUCGUCCAGCUGCCUUCAGAGCCAUAAUCAUGGUUACAAUGGUCGUCAUCAUCGCCCUAGUAGCAGCUUUGAUAGUGGUAACAUCUAAGCAGCCUCCUCCAUGCCCCCCUGCUGCCCCCUGGUGCCCGGACGGCUGGAUCCGGAUCCAAAGGAAAUGUUACUAUUUUUCUAAGGCCGAAGGGAACUGGACCUACAGCCAGAGCUUCUGCUCGUCACACGCUGCCUCCCUGGCCGGGAUUGAGAGUCCGCAGGAGCUGGGUUCCCUGCUGCCAUACGAAGGCAGACUGGACCACUGGAUCGGCCUCCGGAAGGACGCGGGCCAGGUCUGGAAAUGGGCCGACGGGACCAAAUUUGACCAUUGGUGAGUUUUGUCCCCCACCCAUUGAUCAGAG